UUUUGUCUUCCUCUGUCGAUCAAAAGACAUAGGCUCCCUCCAAUUCCCGGUACCAUGGCGCCGACGCGUGGUAACAUCUUUUCGGAGACUCUUCAAGAAAUCACAAACACAAAGCUUGAAGAAUUAUCCAAGGGUCGUGCCGACUUCGAAAGCAAGAAGGCUGCCGUUUUGUCACGUCUUCAGACUGAGCAAGCUGAUCGUGCCAAACGUGUUUACAUCCUAGCAGAGGGAGUCAAGCAUUGUUCGGGUGUCAAAACAGACAAAGUGCCUGGUAAGGUUCUGAGAGGCCAGACUAACAAUCCUGCGCUCGAGAUCGAGCUAAAGAACCUUGACUCAUUGCUUGCGCAAGCUUUAUACGAUCCAUCCGUCUCUGUAAAAUCAUUUAAGGCCUGGGAAACAUCGUUACUUCACCACCUGAAUAGCCAAUCGCUCAAAUAUCAGUACGCAUCCCUCUACGCUGAGCUCGUCACGGAAUGGCUGUCUUCGAAGAAAUCAAAGCAGGGUUCUGCGUCAGCCGAAUCGACCGGCGUACUAGUUGUUGAGAAGGAAACAGCAUCCGACGAAAAAAGAACCGCUGCAAGACUCAACUGGGAGCGCACCGUGUUUGAGCCGGCUCCAGUUGACGAAAGAAAGCUCCGUAUUUUCCUGGCAAGUCUGUUCCAUGACAGAGAUGAUACGGGAAGGAAGAAGAGUGUCUUGGAUAAUAUGAGGAAGUCAGUCACCGAAUUUGAAAAUCAGUUGGCUCCCCGUGCUCAAUUCACCGUGACAACACUUGACUGGGUUAUCCGCGGCCUUCUCACCUCCGACUUGCUUUCUGACGAGAAGCGCGAAGUUCUGAAAAGCUUCCAGCAUAGUUCUGUGAUACUCUCAGAAAUUGCUGAUGUGCUCAACAUGCGUCUCGCAGCGCUUGACAAUUGGUCUUGGGGCGACAGUGUUGCGGUAGAGCAGCAACGGAAGAUCGGUGGCGUGUACAACAUUCAUAUGCACGAAGACCUUUUACAGGCUAUAUUUCUCCAAUAUAUUGGUACCAAAUGGUCGGUCUUUUUUAAGCGAGCCUUGAAGCGUUUCCGAGCGUAUGGCGGUCCCUGGAAGAACAUCCGCGCUGAUGUGCCUACGAUGGACAAGAAACGGCUAGGAUACUACUUGGGGUCUUAUCCAAGGGAACCUAGUGUGCAGCAUAUCCGACGAAGUAUACACCGGAAAGAUUAUUUUCUUUCUCAUCUACUCGAUUCCGAUUUCCAACGAAUCGAGAUCAAAGAUGGUGAGGAAGAAGCCGAAUUCGAAGAGAGCGACGACGACAUGGGAUAUGCGUUGCUGGACGAAGACGCUCCACUCGAGAGACUCAUCUCCCGCAAGUCAGCGCCAACUGUCGGCCAAGGCAAGGGUCUUGGCAAAGGUGGCGCGAUGAGACAUCGCAAAAUCUUUUCCGAGCGGGACCCGGAUGAUACAGAAACAGACGACGAAGGUUAUCCAUCAACACCGAGCAAGAAACCUAUUGACGCAAAGCAGAAACUGCUCCAUCUACUUUCCACGGAGAUAGCAAUCAACACAAAACUUCAUGGCGAAAUCACAGCGGUUCGCACCUCUUUCGAUAAUUGGGAAUCCUUGCUACCCCACGCGACCGUCCGAACUAUUCUCGAAUUCUUUGGAGUCUCAACGCAAUGGUUGAACUUCUUUUCGAAGUUCUUGGAAGCACCUUUGACGUUUGUGGAUCAGUAUGAGACAGCUGCACCGCGUACUCGGCGUCGUGGUGCACCCUCAUCUCAUGUACUCAGCGCCGUCUUUGGUGAAGUAACGCUCUUCUGCCUUGACUUCUCCAUCAAUCAGCUGGCGAAUGGUGCCUUGUCGUAUCGGCUAUAUGAUGAUAUAUGGUUUUGGAAUCCAGACCACAAGGUUUCGGUCAAGACGUGGGAUGCGAUUCAGCAGUUCGCUGCAGUUACUGGCACCAGCUUGAACCUACCCAAGACUGGCACUGUUCGCAUUUCUGGUGACCCAGAUGUUGUUUUGGAAAUUGACAAAAGUCUCCCAGAAGGAUCCAUCAGCUGGGGUUUUCUGCGACUAUCUCCUGAAAAUGGACGUUUUGAGAUCAACCAGCCCAUGGUUGAAAAGCACAUCGGGGAACUGAGAAAGCAGCUGCAAGCAAAACACGGCAGUGUGUUUGAGUUUAUCCAGACAUGGAAUACUUACGCUGCAACCUUUUUUACCUCGAAUUUCGGCAAGGCUGCGAACUGCUUUGGUCGCCAACAUGUCGAUCUUAUGUUGGCUACACACUCCCGCAUCCAGCGCGAAAUAUUCAAGCCUGGCUCCCCCUUGAGUGUCAAUGAUAGCACGGAAAAUGCAAGUGUUGUCGAUUAUCUCAAGAAUCUCAUUGGGAAACGCUUCAAUGUGGAUGACAUCCCGGAUGCGUAUUUCUUCUUCCCCGUUGAGCUCGGCGGUCUUGACCUGCAGAGCCCCUUCAUCUCCAUUCUACAAAUCCGCGACUCUAUCCUGAAAGAUCCGUCCACCCUUGUCGAAAAAUUCGAGGAGAACGAACGCGAUUGUUACUACCGUGCUAAGUUGGCAUUCGAAAAAGGCGAGGUGACCGAACGAGCGCGGUCCGACCUCGAGGAUCCCGACUGGGAACCUGUUGACAAGGAGGACCGGGAACGCUUUAUUAGCUUCGAAGAGUUUAGUCGCUGGCGCGAAGAGUAUUCACUGGGUUCCGACUACGAACUUUCCGAAGUGUACGAGACGCUGCUGGAGAAGCCGAACCAGGAGACUCUGGAGCUGGACAACGAAAGGGUCGCCAGUAGCAUCCUGGCUCUCGAGAGACAGAGGAACUUGAGGGGUAUCAUGUCUAAUUGGGAACAGAUGGAACCGUACUGGAAGUGGGUGGUGAUGCAAUAUGGCCCUGAGGUCAUUGACCGCUUUGGCGGCUUGAAUAUUGUUGAUGCAGGACUGUUUCCAAUGGGCAUGGUCAGUCUCUUCAGAGACAAGCGUGUAAAUUGGCAGGGAUAACGAGCUCAGAUAUUGGAUCGAACCAGUGCACAGAGUCAUUGUUUUAUAUUUUAUAUUUUCCUUUAAAGAAAACCCACAAGUAUGCUUAAUAUGUCUUAUUGCUUAUAUGAUUCUUUACCCGUUGCGAUAUAAUCGCUGCUGUUGUAAUAGACAGCUGCCCUGAAAGCGCAAAAGAAUGCAAUUUUGAGGUGCGUGCGACGCGUUUGAACAAAUAGGCUCAACCUGGCUCACUAUAACGGCUAGCACCAGCUACGUGCAUAAAGUGAGAACGCCUUCAUCGCAACCUGUGAACUUGAUAUGAUCAUGUUGGUCAGCAUCA